AUUUUAUUUUACUUUGUGCCUGAGAACAACGAGAAAAAAUAUACGUCGGCAGAUUAUUUGUAUUAUUUUUUAAACAAUUUAUAACUAUUAAAUUGUAUUAAAAACCAAUAAUUGUUAAUUUAAAAGGUAGUUUUAUAAGUAAAUAAUAAUUAUUAAUAAAAUAGUGUUUAGUAAAUAAACAAUACAAGCAAAAACAAGCAAGUUAACUAAAUAAAACAGAAAAAAACCAAUGACGAAAGAGAAACAAGAAAAUUGAUGACGGGGACAUUUUUAAUUGGUGCCAGCAAUAAACAGAUUUUUUUCUUUUCUUUAGUUGUGUGGGAAUAGAGAUACAAAAUGAAAAUCAAGGAGUUACAGAAGACAGUAAACAUAGCCUGGUCACCGUUGCCGCAACAUCCCAUUUACUUGGCAGCCGGUACUGCAGCCCAACAAUUCGAUUCCAAUGUUAAUUCUAGCUUGGAAAUAUAUUCUACCAAUUUUAGCGAUCCCAGCUAUGAUUUGGAGCUUAAAGCCUCAGUGCCCAGUCAGUAUAGAUUUCAAAAACUGAUCUGGAGUCCCACGGGCUAUGGUAGCACUCAUGAUAAUGGUUUAAUAGUGGGUGGCUGUGAGGGUGGCCAUGUUAUGAUUUAUUCUCCAGCCAAAAUGUUGGCUAAUGAAGAGGGUCUUAUAGCACGCCAGGAUAAACAUACUGGACCGGUUAGUGGUUUGGACUUUAAUCCCUUCCAAACGAAUCUCUUGGCUUCUUGUGCUUCCGAAUCGGAAAUUUUCAUUUGGGAUCUUAACAACACCACCACCCACAUGAAUCCCGGCACUAAAACCCAACCCUUUGAAGACGUCAAAAAUGUGUCGUGGAAUCGUCAGGUGCAACAUAUUUUGGCUUCUGUAUUUAGUUCUCGUUGUGUUAUCUGGGAUUUGCGUAAAAGUGAACAAAUUAUCAAAUUAUCGGAUACACAAUCCCGUGUACGUUGGCAUGCCAUACAAUGGCAUCCGGAAGUGGCUACACAGGUGUGGUUAGCUUCGGAAGAUGAUCAGGCACCCGUGGUACAACUAUGGGAUUUACGUUAUGCCACUGCUCCCGCUAAAACUAUGCAAAUACAUCAACGCGGCAUGUUGGGCAUGUCCUGGUGUCCUCGUGAUAUUGAUUUAAUGGUUUCUUGCGGUAAAGAUAAUCGCAUAUUCUGUUGGAAUCCCAAUACUCAAGCCUCAGAAGGUGAAAUACUAUCCGAAGUGGCUACCACAGCUACUUGGUAUUCAGAUGUACAAUGGUGUCCCAGAAAUCCAGCGCUUAUAGCCAGUUCCAGUUUGGAUGGUAAUGUUUCCAUCUAUUCUUUAUUCGGUGGUGUUCAACAACAAGUACAAACUGCCAAUAAAAUCGCCGAUUCUUUUCCCGGCAUGGAUCAAUUUGCUCAGGCUCCCAUGCCUCAGCAAACUGCGCCAGUGGUUUAUCAUGAUUUGAAGUAUGCUCCUAAAUGGAUUAAGAAACCAUGUGGUGUUACAUUUGGGUUUGGUGGCAAAUUGGUUUCUUUCAACAAUAAAUCCAAAACUAUCAAUAUUUCUCAAGUUACCACUGAACCCGUAUUAGUGGAAAAAGCUAAAGCUUUGGAAAAAUCUCUUAGUGAAGCCAAUUUUAUAGAGUAUUGUCGUCAAAAGGCCGAUGAAAUGACUGAUCAAAAUGGCCGUUAUUUAUGGUAUUUCAUUAAAGCCAAUUUUGAACGUAAUCCUAAAGAAGAAAUUCUUAAUUUAUUAGGUUUCAACAAAGAAGACAUUGAUAGCAAAUUUUCAAAAUAUGUACCCGAAGAGGAUACCACACAGCAAAACCAAGAUUUGGAUCAAUUAAACAAUCGUAUGGCUCAGUUAACACAUCAACAGUUUGAUAAUAAUACUGUAUUUGAUGGCAUAGCUGCUGCCCAAAAGGAUUUAAAUAAUAGUGAAGAUGUUCAGAAACCUUUGCCGCAAUUUAAAAUACCCAACGGGGAACAUGCCGACAGCCUUAUUACCGAAGCUAUACUUACUGGCAAUCUCGAGGCUGCUGUACAUUUAUGUCUUAAUUCUCAACGUACCGCUGAAGCCUUUAUUAUCGCCUCUACAGCUGGCAUAGAAUUCUUAACGAAAAUCCAGAAUAACUAUUUGCAGGAGCAACAAAGUGAAUUAUCAAAUGUUAUUUCCGCUCUAAUAACACGCGAUUGGAUGGACUUUGUUACCCGCUGUACCAUCGAUUCCUGGAAAGAGGCUUUAGUGGCCGCUCUUAAGCAUAGUGAACGUAAAGUGGUGGAUAUUUGUGAAAAACUAGGUGAUCGUCUAUUAAAUGAGUCUUCCUCGACGGGCAACUUGGAGUAUACACGUAAUGCUAUGUUGUGUUAUAUAUGUGCUGGUAAUAUCGACAAAUUGGUGAUGGCCUGGUAUCAAUUGAAACAAUUGGAAAAUCAAAAUACAAAUUAUAAAUUAAAUACCGAAGAAUUACAAGAAUUGGCGGAGAUUGUAAUGUUAAUGAAUAAGUCGUUGGAGGAACAGGGUAUAGCUGUUGAAUUGAAUAGUAAAGUGGCUGAUUUUAUUAAGGAAUAUGGUGGUUUACUAGUGGCUCAAGGUGCUUUCACCGCCGCCUUGGCUUAUAUAAUGGAAAUUAAAGCAUCAGCUACACAUCCCGAUUUGGAUGAUUUAAAACAGAGAAUUUAUAGUAUUGUACAACCAGCUACAGCAAAACCAGCUCAGGCUACAAUGCCACAACAAAAUGUAUAUCAAAGGCAACAGCAACAGCCUAGAGGUUCAUUUUCAGCUAUGCCUGGCUAUGCAACAGCAGCUCCUUUGCAGCCCACAGUGCCAAUGAGCAAUCCUUAUGCACCACCAGCAGCUGCCAAUAAUUGGAAUGCCAAUCCUGUAAAUAAUCCCAUGGCCCCACCAUAUGCCACACAACCCUUGGCAGCAAAUACUGUAGCACCCCCUGCUCCUCCUACUUUAUUUAAUCCAGCCACAGCUAUGCCAGCUGCUGUAAAGCCACCUGUUAAUGAAAACUUAGCACAGCCACCACGUCCACUCAGUACUGCCAGUUCACAAGGUGGCACUACUUCGGGAGGCGGUUUAGCUUCUAGAUCCAAAUAUGUAUUAGAUCCCUCUGUAGCGCCUGCUGGUCCUAUGGGUGGUUAUGGCAAUACUUAUAAUCCAGCACCUGCACCACAACCUCCUGUACCCAAUUCCUUUAAUACCACACCAUUUAAUGCUAAUCCCAUGGCUGGCUCGAAUGCUCCUUCCAUAAUGCAGCCAACAUUUAAUCCCACACCCUUCAGUAAUAAUUCCUACAUGCCAGGAGUAGCCCCCAUUGAAACAGCUCAAGCUGUAGUACCACCACCACCCAUGCAAACUAUACAACGUAAUCCUACUCCACCACCAGGAUGGAAUGAUCCUCCAGCUUUAAAAACUAGACAGAAUAUGUUUUUCUUCUCCCAGACAAAAAAUGAAAUGUCUGCUCGACAUGCGGGCACCCGCAAAUGGCAAAAGAUUAUUAAUCAUGAAAAGGACUCUGCAAUUGUUAACAAUAAUAAUCUAUAUAAUGAUUUUAAUUUAUUAAAUACAAAUUUUAGCAAUGAUUUCAAUACUUCUACUACUACUUCUAAUAAUUUUCAAAACUCUUCACUUUAUCAGCCCAAAAAAGUUGAUAACACCUCAACUGCUGCGGCUCCUAUUACUCAUCCUUUGUUUGGUGUUGAUCCCAAUCAAAAUCAAAAUGGUUAUAUGGAUCCUAAUGCUCAUUAUCAACAACCUGGUAUGCCACCACCAACUUCCCAAACUGGUCUACCACCACAAGCUAACAUUUUAAAUCCCCAACAACCACCUAUGAUGGGUGGCAGCUCGUAUUAUAAUCCUGCUAAUCAAAUGCAAAACAAUAAUUUACCCCAACAACCCAUGAAUUUUCAAACUUCAGCUAUACCCUCUCAACAGCAGCAACAACAACAGCUACCAGCUUGGCAAAAUCAACCCACUCAGCCGGGCAUGAUGGGUGGUUAUCAGGAGCAAGCGGCUCAGACUCAAACACAUAGACAGCCAGAACCGCCUAAGGAGAAGCCACCACUACCAGAAGAAUACAUUUAUUUGCAGACUGUACUCGAAGAGCUGAAGACAAAUUGUUUGAAUGCUGCCAAUGAUCCGCGUACUAAACGUAAAUUUGUGGAUGUCAACAAGCGUUUGGAAAAUCUCUAUGAUUGUCUAAGAGAUGGACGUCUUAAUCCCGCUACAAUUGAGGCAUUAAAUCAAAUCAUACAAUUUCUACAAAUCGGUGACUAUGGCAAUGCAUUGCAGGUUCAUACUCAAAUCGCUUUCGGUUCGGACUUUUCACAAUGUGCUGGUUUUAUGCCGGGCCUUAAGGUACUCAUACAAUCGGCCAACGAAUUACAAGUGUAUUUACGAUAGAUUGUAAAACUUGUUACGAAACUAAUAUCAACAAAAAGAAUGUUCUACUAACUAUAAACUUAUAAAAUUAAUUCAUUCAUUAAAAAAAAAA